AUGGAAAUAUCCAAUGUGAUGCUUCUUGUGGCGGUGGUUGCAGCGUAUUGGCUAUGGUUCAAGAGGAGCUCAAGGUGGCUAAAGGGUCCACGUGUCUGGCCUGUAUUGGGUAGUCUUCCUGGUCUGAUCGAGCAGCGUGAUAGGAUGCAUGAAUGGAUCACCGAGAACCUCCGUGCGUGCGGUGGAACUUACCAGACUUGUAUCUGUGCGGUGCCUUUCUUGGCUAAGAAGCAAGGUCUCGUGACUGUCACGUGUGACCCCAAGAAUCUCGAACACAUGCUCAAGACCCGGUUCGAUAACUACCCUAAAGGUCCUACGUGGCAAUCCGUCUUCCACGAUUUUCUCGGUCAAGGUAUUUUCAAUUCUGAUGGUGACACCUGGCUCUUCCAACGCAAAACCGCCGCUCUCGAAUUCACCACAAGGACGUUGCGGCAAGCUAUGGGUAGAUGGGUAAACCGAGGAAUUAAGCUCCGGUUCUGUCCGAUUCUUGAAUCGGCUCAAGCCAAAAAUGAGCCGGUUGAUCUACAAGACUUGAUACUACGGCUCACAUUCGACAACAUUUGCGGAUUGGCAUUUGGUAAGGACACAAGAACCUGCGCACCGGGGCUUCCCGAGAACGGUUUUGCCUCGGCUUUCGACCGAGCCACCGAAGCUUCGCUUCAACGGUUUAUUUUACCCAAGUUUCUAUGGAAGCUGAAGAAAUGGCUUGGAAUCGGCUUAGAAGUCAGCUUGAGCCGAAGCUUAGGAGAAAUCGAUGGAUAUUUAGCUACGGUUAUAAAUACACGUAAGCAAGAGCUGAUGAGUCAGCAAGAGAGUGGGACCCAAGGACACGACGAUCUCCUCUCGCGUUUCAUGAUGAAGAAGACAGAAUCAUACAGCGACAAAUUUCUCCAACACGUAGCACUUAACUUCAUCCUAGCUGGACGUGACACGUCAUCAGUCGCGCUGAGCUGGUUCUUCUGGCUCGUCACGCUGAAUCCAGCCGUCGAGGACAAAAUCGUCACAGAGAUCUGCUCCGUUCUGAUCGAGACACGUGGCACCGUCGACGUAGCGUCUUGGACGGAGGAGCCGUUAGGUUUCGACGAGAUCGACCGGUUGGUUUACCUGAAGGCGGCGUUAUCGGAGACGCUAAGGCUCUACCCAUCGGUGCCGGAAGAUUCGAAACACGUGGAGAACGACGACGUUUUACCUGACGGGACUUUUGUUCCGGCGGGAUCGUCGGUGAGUUAUUCGAUUUACGCGGCGGGGAGGAUGAAAUCGACUUGGGGAGAAGAUUGUUUGGAAUUUAAACCGGAGAGAUGGAUUUCUCCGGUCGACGGAAAAUUCGUCAAUCACGAUCAGUACCGGUUCGUGGCUUUUAAUGCUGGACCAAGGAUCUGUUUGGGGAAAGAUCUGGCGUAUCUUCAGAUGAAGACGAUCGCGGCGGCGGUGCUUCUCCGGCACCGGCUUACGGUGGUUCCGGGACAUAAAGUGGAGCAGAAAAUGUCAUUGACGCUUUUUAUGAAGAACGGACUUUUGGUGAAUUUGCAUAAGAGAGAUCUCGAAGGAACCAUCAAGAGUCUUUUAGUGGUGAAAGAGAGAGAGUGUGGUGGAUUUAACGGUAAAUGUAACGGGGUUAUUGGUGGUGAAGGCGUCGCCGUUUGCUUAAAUACGGAGGUUACGGUGGCUUAA